AUGGCGUCUCCCACAGGCAGACCUCGGAGAGGAUCAUCCCUUCUCUACGGAGCCCUCACAGAGAGCUGAAUACUAGGUGAGGGUACCAGGGGAGGAGCACAGAGGGGGAGAGCUGCAGAGGAGGAAGAUGGACCUCGGAGGAACCCGGAGAUAACGGAAAAUACCUCACCUUGGCUUCAAGAUAAAGACCACGUCGACGAUAUCCAACACUGACCAGUGACAACCCUGCGGCACAGCCACAAAUACCCCCUGACUUCUGAGGCAGCAGUAGAGACAGAAAGGAGCUGGUUCGGUGUGCCAUCAGGAGAUGCAGCAUCUAGACACCUGUGACCAUGGCGCUGUAGUCCUUUUGUGACCUUUUGUCGUGUGAACACCUAUCCCAGCGAGCACACCAUGGCCAGCACGGCGGUUCAACUCCUCGGCUUCUUCCUGGGCCUGUUGGGCUUCGUUGGUACUGUUGUCGCCACCCUGCUCCCCCACUGGCGCUGCACAGCCUACGUGGGCUCCAACAUCAUCACAUCCACCGCCUACAUGAAAGGCCUGUGGAUGGAGUGUGUGUGGCACAGCACCGGCAUUUACCAAUGUGAGGUGUACAGGUCUCUACUGGCACUGCCACGCGACCUGCAGGCUGCCCGGGCGCUCAUGGUGCUCUCCUGCGUGACCUCGGUCCUGGCAUCUCUGGUGUCUGUGAUCGGGAUGAAGUGUACCCGCUUCGCCUGCGACCCCUUGGUCAAGUCGUCGCUGGUGCUCAGCGGGGGGAUCGGUUUCCUCUGCGCCGGCAUGCUCUGCCUGGUCACCGUGUCCUGGACCACCAACGAUGUCAUCUUGGAUUUCUACGACCCCUUCCUUCCCAGCGGGAUGAAGUACGAGAUCGGCCUGGCCGUGUACCUCGGCUACGCCUCGGCCUGCGUCAGUCUGAGCGGAGGGAUGGUGCUGUGCUGGAGCAGCGGCAGCGGCAGGUCAAGGAGGCGGCGCCACGUGCAGAGGAAUCAACCAUUAUCACCCCCCCCUGCCUUCAACCACAUCUACCCUCCCGCUCCGCCCUACAAGCCCCCCGAGGCCCUGAAGGACAACCGGCCUCUCUCGCUCUGCUCCCUUUCCAGCAACGGCUAUAGGCUCAACAACUACGUCUAAGAGCGCCUGCAAACCCUGUGAGACCGCUAAGAGUGCAAAAAGACACUAAAAGGAGCGUUAACGAGUCUUUCUAAGCUGAGCUUAUGAGCCUGACCUAACUUACUGUGUGUGUGUGUGUGUGUGUGUGUGUGUGUGUGUGUGUGUGUGUGUGUGUGUGUGUGUGUGUGUGUGUGUGUGUGUGUGUGUGUGUGUGUGUGUGUGUGUGUGUGUGUGUGUGCGCGUGUGUGUGUGUAUGAGAGAAAACUGAGAGCUUAAAGCUGUUGUGUAACCAAAGGAACAGAAGGUCACAAUAUGUUACUGCAAAUAAACAGAGGAGACACUACAUGAAUAUAGAAAUCGUUAAAGGCUCAGCUAUUGUUCUCUCACUCGCUAGAGGAUUAGGUUGCUUACUUUCUAGUAGCGAUUCCCUUUUACUGAUAUUACGUUUAAAUAUAAUUGUUCUUUGGAAACUAGAUGGAUGAGGUUUUAUGUCAGUAUUUAAUAUUUUCAAGCCUAAAACUAUUACAAUUUCUGUAGCAACAGGGGGGUAUUUUAUAAGAUUCUCUUUUUGUUGUUUUUUUAUAAGCUGAUACGGUCGAUAUUCUGUAAAAGUAAGAGAAACACGGCUGUAAUGAAUUACGUUGAUGGACCUGGGAUAACGGCAGAAACCCUGCUCAAGGUAUGAGCACGAAAACAACUUCUCCGGUCCGGUAACAUUUGGACUGUAAAGCUGAAGAAAGACACUGGGUGGCGACAAAGGUCUUUUGAGUAUUCAGCCUGAAGACUUCGGUUUUUUUCAUUCACUUUUUAUUGCACAAUGCUGUGCUAUUGUCUAGAUACCAGCACUUUUUAUGAAUGCAUCUAACACAGAGUCUGCGUACCUAAGUCAAAAAUGGGAAGAAUCAUUUUGUGUAACUUGCGGUGGAUGAAUGUGACUCCUGUGGGGCUUUCUAGGAUGCUCGCUUUGUUUAAAAAGCCUCCAAUUAGAGCUGCCCCUGUGUCACACAACCACAAAGACGCUCAAUUAAAGGACCUGUCACAAGUCCAGCAAGACACUUCUUUUAUUGCCAAA